UAACACCCAUUUCCGGGUUGGAGUUCUUGAAGACAAUUUAUUUUACAAUGACGUAAAACUUUACAAAACAUAAGUUUAUUUAACAGUUUUGUAUAUUUUUAUUAGUGUAAUUACAAAUUUUGACUUUAUGAAAAAUGAUAACCUUAUCUAAAAAACUGAAACAAACUGGAAGGAAAGAGGUGGAAGGUACUCCAAAAAGAAUAUCUAUAAGAGAUAAAUUAUUAGUCAAAGAGGUUUCUGAAAUGCACGAAAAUUUACCAAAGUCUUGUCAAGUGAUAUUUGAUGAUCCCAAUAAAAUACAUACAUUUUCUCUAGUAGUUGUACCGGACGAAAGUUUUUGGCAGGGAGGAAAAUUUAAAUUUGAUGUUUUUGUACCAGAAGAAUAUAAUAUUGUGCCACCAGAAGUAACUUGUUGUAAUAAAAUAUGGCAUCCUAAUAUAGAUGAAACAGGAGAAGUUUGUCUUAGUUUACUACGUCAAAGUUCUUAUGAUAGCUUAGGUUGGGCCCCAACAAGAAAACUUAAAGAUGUUGUAUGGGGAAUAAAUUCACUUUUUUCUGACUUAACAAAUUUUGAUGAUCCUUUAAAUGUGGAAGCUGCCGAACAUUAUUCAAAAGAUAAAGAAUCUUUCAAGUGCAAAGUUAGAGAAUAUAUACAAAAAUAUGCCAAAAGAUAAUAUUAACUAACUCAACUAGUUACUGUUGUGAUAAUCUGUAAAAUAUGUGACCUUUGACCUUGUAUAACCCAAAUUCAACAUGCCUGUUCUCUCUAUGUUUCGCUCAGCAUGCAAGAUAUUCUUGGAACCCCGGUGAAAUUGGUUCAUUAUAACCUGGCUAUGGCUGCAAACAUUGUUAUAGGGGAGUCAUUGUGUAAAGGUCUUGAUAUAACAAGGGUCUUGUCUGUGGAGCCAUACAUCAGUGUUAUAAUAGGGUUGGUGCAGUGUAUGAAAUAGCUUACAGAACCUAAAAUUUUGAUGGUUUUACAGAGUGAAGCAAUGAUUUUAGUGCUUAGUGAAAUAAAUCGAGAACAAGGUUUUCAUUUCUUGAUUUGAAAGGUUAAUAAUUCUCAACUAGUUGUUGGGUAUUACAAACUUUAAAAACCAACAUGUACUAAACUGUGUCAGCUGUUCAGAUUUACAUUAAAUAUUAAACAUGGUUGACCAAUUGUAUUUGGGUUAUGAAAAUCUGUUGCAAAGUUUUUGUGGUUUACAAUUAUUUUUACAUCAAAUUUUUAAUAUAUUUAUGUUAAAAGAAAAUCAGUGUUAAUUCUUCCUUAAAUAUACUGCUUUGUAAAUUGUUUUGUGAAUUCUGGACUGAAACAUAUGAUGUAUUACAGUUAUAAUCCUAAAGCCGACCACACAAUUUGUGAUUAACUGCCACCAUUAUUCAGACUGGUUUCUUGUCACAAAGUCUGCACUUGUUUUUCAGUUUAAUAUUUAUUUUAUCUUUACAAUAAACGAGAAGUCACAAUUUUUGCUUCAUCCCAGAAAAAUCAAAUGCCAAAAUGUGAAUAAAUAACCUUUUUACCUUAUCUCAAAGUGUCAGCUUAAAAUAUUAAUACAUUUAAAAAUAAGCUUUUUAUUUUCAUUGAGUGACCUGUUAAAUGCAAAUAUUUGAUUGUAAGCUUUGCCAAGAGGUAAUUAUAAGUGCUGCAGUAACCUUCCAUUUUCUUUUACUCAUUGGAAAACAGCAAAGUAUAGCAGGAAGUUCACUGAAUUUACAGACAGGUUCAUCCAGGCGUAAGGUGCAUGCUAGUCAAAAAACUUAUCUCCAACUCCACAGGAAAACUGGUUGUGGGUAAAACAUAUCAUUUUUAGACAGAAUUAACCUUUUUUAUUUUAUGAUCAGUAGUGGAAUACCGUGUUUUAUCAGUGAAAUAAAAGUGUUAUUCCACUGGCUAGCAGUAGUCCAUGUUGUUUUUACCUGAAAUGAUUGUAAAAUCAUAAAAUAAAUAGAACAUUUAUCGUUCUGUCGUGAAUAACAUAUUGUAUUUCAUCUCUAAGCAAGAAAACAUUUAUAUUUUCACUCAUGCUACGCAUUCGUGAAAAUAUAAGUUUUCUUGCUUAGAGAUGAAAUAAAAUAUGUUAUUCACUCUAAAACGUCAAAUAUCCUCUAUAUAUUCACUGGUAACUGAGAUUUGCAUUUUAAAGGGACAUAAUGUUGACAAAACAUGACAAAACAGUCUCAAUAUACAUGCGAGGAGCUCAUCCAUUUCAAGUGUAACAGCUUAAGAUUUCUAUUGCAAUAGUAAGAUUUUAUUGUGCUCUGUAAAUUACAUCAUCCAACAUGAUUUUUCGGCAACUACAUUAAAUGGUAAUAAAUCAGAUUGUGUGCUGGGCUUUAGCAAAUAAUGAGUGUUAACAGUGACUUUAGGUUUAUUGUUUUGCCAUAAGAAAACUAUGGGAUGUGUUAUACACAUUUCUAUAGGCAUUUUGUUAUAUUAAAAUCUCUGAUUGACAUUUGAGGAAUAUUUACAAUACAAUAUAGUGAAAGUUAAAUCUCUAAAAGGAAUAUCAGUCCAAAAAUGGUUCAUUCCGUUUAGUAUUUCCAAGCUAGCACCACCUAUAGUUUCGCUAAAAUCUUUGAUGGGCUUCUUUAUAAUCUGAUUGAGUUCAAGUCAGGAGAUUAUGUACUGUUGAUAGUUUGAUUUAUUUUUCUUAGGUAAAUACUAAAUAAUUAAUUUGAGUACAUUUUAGCAUGGAUUAAGCUGUGAAAGGUUAGAUAUUGCAAAUAACGCACAGAGAGUUUUAAGUUUGAUAUCUAGCAUUGCCAAAAGAAAUUGAUACUGGUAGAAAUAAUGAAUAGAAAACUAUUUUUACUCCAGUGAGGUUUAUUUCAUUAUUUGUAAUGAAUGUCAACACACUAUUAUGGUAAAACCACCAUUUUAAUUUGCACCUUAUUGGAAAAUUUAUCUUGAUAUUAAAAUCCAAAAAAAAUAAAAAAAUUAGAAAUUUAAAACAAAAUAAUAAUACGAUAAUGGAAGUAAAGUCUCACUAAAAAGUUAAAUAAUUAUGUAUUUUAGUAGAUGAAAUAGAUUUCUUUAAAUUGAAAGUGUUGUUAUCAAAUAACUGUUUAUACAUAAAUUGAAAAUAGUUUGUAUGCUUCAAUUUGCUUUACACUGAAUUGAAUGGAAAAUAGGGCCAAAUUAUAGAUGCACCAUAUAGCAGAAAUAGUUGGCAUAUUAUCAGAAAGAGUUUGAAAAGUUGCAUUAACUGUUUUGAUACAAGAGAAAUGUUCUUAAUAAUAUUUUCAGGUUCCCUGUGGUGGGACUAUUAAAAAAAUGAUAUAAGUUUGGUUGAAAGUUUGCAAAUCUUUGUAGAUCCAUAAAUAAAUAGUAAAUUAUAACUUCUAUGUUUUGUAUCCACAAUACUCUGAACAUAUUGUACUAUAAUAUAAUGUAUAAAGUUGUUUCAUUUUUA